CUACGUUUUCUGGCCUUUGCAUCAAUCCUUCUGCUUCGGAAUCCUUUGCUACUGCUAGAUUGUCUACCGCUCAAGAUGGCGAAAACGGAAGCCUCUAAGACUCGCGCUUCUCAACUUGCCACCACCAAGAAGCAAUCCUACACUAUAUCUCAGAAGCGUGUGGCAAAGGACAAGAUCUCUCACUCGAUCAAACGCGCCACUUCAACUUCGGCCCCGCGACGCGCGACGACCAGUCGUGAUUCAGGUUCUCGGCGUGGCAAGGACUCGGAAAGGCUCACUACGAAGGGGCUUGAGCCCGACUUAUCUGGUCCAGGCGUGCCACCCAACCUCGACGCUCUGAAGUCCACUGUCGAACACAUGUACGCCACUAUGACUGGCACUCUCGCGCCUGGUCAGGAACCUGCGAAGUACUCGAGUGUCUAUAAACACCUUCCCAAGCAUAUCCGCAUCGAGGAGGGAACAGUCAUCCCGCAGCAGCCGCUAUUGACGUCGUGGGACGGCGAGGUGCUCAACUGUCUGUACUCGGAGGAGUUCGCCAACGAACUUCUCAUACUGGAGUACGGCUCGGUCGAGAAGGGCAAGAAAGCACUGAAGGAAGUCUACGAGACUGCUGAGUACAUCGGAGGGCAACCCGAUCCCGAGGACCCAACGAUAGAACGAAUCGAUCUCCCCAAUCUCUCCUUCCAUCUCCGGCUGUGGCUUGGGUACCAGAAGAAAUUCGUCUCCUUCGACCUCUGCGACAACGAGACCAAACGCCCCAUCGAAAAGCAUCGCUUUCUCACCAUCUUCUGCAUGCGAUCCCCUCAGGACAUGUUUCCUAUCCAGCUGCAGUCGCUCGAGUACAGCGAUCAUUUUGAUCGGUCAAUCGGAUACAACUCCUUCGCUGUCAUCGAAGGGACGAUCCUCGAUAUCCGUUGGAAGGGUAAAUCCAUCAAGAGGGUGGUGAUGCCGGAGCGCGAGCGACCGGCUCAGCAAACCCAGGCUGUACCGGCUCGAGGUGUACGCGAGUUGGACGUGAAGUCGCCGCACGAGAUGAUGGCUGAGCUCACUGAGUUUGCUAAUAUGGCCGCGAUGAACCAGGCGCAUUCGGCGAGGCACUUGGCGUAAUCGAGACUCGAAUUUCCCUUUGAGGUUUUCACUUUGAAUUAAUGCCUUGAAAUACUCUCGCUUUGUCGAGGUUCUUGUCCAUCAUAUGGCAUCCCGCACCCUCUCUAUGAAGGCCAGAG